AUGGGCAACUUCGCUGAUAUGCUUUUCGCUAUGGUCUUCUCCUUCUUUCUAUGGUCACUCCCCGUCAUCAACAUGGUCUUCCCCUAUUUCUAUUCAAACGGAAAUGAAGAUGACAUGAAAGCCUUGCGCAUAUUCAACGUUGUCGCCAGCUUCUAUGUCCUCGCUUGCUAUAUGUGGGAAAAGGAAGAGCGAGAUAUUGUUGGUUGCGAAUGUCUUAAUGACACCUGUAAUGGACCACGGUUCCCUGAUCAGGCUGCUAUCAACCAGCAGCUCUCUCGCGAAAUGCCCAAAAAGUGA